AUGAAUUGCAACACAACAGCAUUUUCUCUUCCUAACGAUGAUCUCUGUACUCAAAAGAUUCGGGGUUUCAAUGACCUCGCUAUCUUGGAUACGCAGGAAGAUAAUGGGGAAUCACUCGAAGCCCUUCGAUUCAUAGCAGGAAGUCAAGAACUCGAUGAAGUUUUCAACCCGUCCAAAUCAUCAACUUCGAGAUCAAGCCAGCUUGACUUCACCCCAAAGUCUGCAUUAGAUGUUGCUUCUAUGCCUGAUCCCCCCAGCCUCGAGUCAAGGGUGGAUUUUAUCCUGCGGUCAAUCCAGAGCAUGGGUUUUGAAACGCCAGACUCGUUCAUGCUAAGCUACUACACGGGCUCUUUUGAUGAACGGUCUGCAGCCAAAGUGGCACAGGAUGCCAGCCGAAGCACGGGCCUACCAAGAAUGCUGAAUGAAUUACGCUCAAAAACCGAAGAUUGGUCAAGGUGGGAAUCAAGGAAUUAUGCCGACUCAGUUGUCCGGUCAGCUGCGAAGCUGAUUGCGGAAGAGUUUGACAGUUUGGGCAGGAAGAGAUACGCUUGUGAGAGAGAGUUGCAAAAAGGCCUUGCCAGCGGUGCUACUAGCCAGGCGCAAAACAAUUCUUCUUCUUCGACUGAUGGAAAUGCGUCCGUCAGCCAACUAUAUUUGGCAGCUGCCGAGCUCAAGAAAACUUUGAGAGACGAGGUUUGUCCUAAGCGAUGA